AUGGAGGAGACAGAUAAGAAGACAGAGUUCAGGUUGUACAAUACAAUGAGCAAAACUGUUGAAGUUUUCAACCCCAUUGUUCCUGGCAAAGUUGGCAUGUACGUUUGCGGUGUCACUGCCUACGAUCUGAGCCACAUUGGCCAUGCUCGUGCUGCUGUUGUCUUUGAUGUUCUCUUCAGGUACCUGCAGCACUUGGGUUAUGAAGUUACUUAUGUUCGAAACUUUACUGAUAUUGAUGACAAGAUAAUUAAGCGUGCUAAUGAUCUUGGUGAAGACCCUUUGUCCUUAAGUAAUCGGUUCUGUGAUGAAUAUCUUGAUGACAUGCAAAGCCUGGCAUGCCUCCCUCCUACUCACCAGCCUCGGGUAACUGAACACAUGGAAAAUAUCAAGAACAUGAUAGCUCAGAUUAUGGAAAAUGGUUGUGCAUAUGCUGUUGAAGGAGAUGUGUUCUUUGCUGUUGAUAAGUCCCCAACUUAUGGUCAGUUAUCUGGGAGGAAGUUGGAGGACAACAGAGCUGGUGAACGUGUUGCGGUUGACCAAAGAAAGCGUAAUCCUGCUGACUUCGCUCUUUGGAAGGCUGCAAAGGAGGGCGAGCCGAGCUGGGAUAGCCCAUGGGGUCCAGGAAGACCAGGGUGGCAUAUUGAAUGCAGUGCAAUGAGUGCGCAAUAUCUCUCUUUCAGAUUUGAUAUCCAUGGUGGUGGAAGUGAUUUGAUCUUCCCUCAUCAUGAGAAUGAAGUGGCUCAAAGUAGUGCUGCUUGCAGCGACAGCAAAAUCAAUUUCUGGGUCCACAAUGGGCAUGUCACAAACAACAACUUGAAGAUGUCAAAAUCUUUGGGCAACUUUUUCACCAUCCGUCAGGUUAUCGAAAGGUACCAUCCACUUGCUGUGCGGAUGUUCUUGAUAAGUGCUCAUUACCAUUCUCCACUUAACUAUACCGUCGGCCAGCUAGAGCUGGCUUCUGAGACAGCUUAUUACAUCUAUCAGACGCUGCAUGACUUGGAGAUUGCUAUGUUACCACCUCAAGAUAGCUUGAAGGAGAAAGGUGGUGAAAGCAGUGAUAAGAAGAGUAGCAAGAAGCCUAUCAAGUUUACUGAUGAGGCCGAAAAGUGCAUCGCAAAGCUGAAAGCUCAUUUCCAUGCUAAAAUGUCGGAGGAUUUAAACACAUCACAGUUAUUAACUGGAAAAGAUUUCAAUGAAGCCUUGAAGUACAUAAAUUCCAAUUUGAACCUUCUCAGGAAGCAAAAGCAAAAGCUGAGAUCGUUAGAUGUUUCUCUUGUGGCAGUAGCAAGAGAAGUUGAAUCAGUAUUGAGAAUUCUGGGCUUGAUGCCAACUGUCAGUUAUUCCGAGGUGUUACAGCAACUGAAAGAGAAGGCGUUGAUUAGGGCUGAACUAAAGGAAGAAGAUGUGGCAGCAUUGAUUGAGGAAAGAAGAACUGCGAGAAAAAACAAGGAAUUUGGGAGAAGUGAUGAGAUCAGGGCUGACUUAACAGCAAAGGGAAUUGCACUGAUGGAUGAGGGCAGGGAAACUGUUUGGAAACCAUGUGUUCCUGUUCUGCCUGAAGAAGAAGGUGAAGAGUUAGCAGCAGCGGCAGCAGCAGUGUUAGCAGCAGCUUUGCAAUAG